AUGAAGUGCUUCAUCGGCGCCUUCUGCUUCUACCCUCGCAUCGCUGCGACGAUGUUGCUGAACUACCUCGGCUGCCGCUGGCUCUUGUCCACUACCAACCUAGAGGACCUGUUCCUCAACUCGUUGGCUUUGGAGUUCAUGGUCAUUCUGCCGGAGUUGCUUUACAACAGCUUCGCAACAACUCGGGGGAGGAAGUUGACUGAGGCUACCAUGCUCACGGCCGGUGACCCUGCUGCCAUGCCAAAAGGGACGAGCUUGGUGAUUUCGUUGAUCUGGGUGGCGGUAGCAGUCGUCUGGGUCUACCUCUACAUGGUCUACCUGCAGAGUGUCCUACCAGGUUACAACUGGGACGUUCGACCGGUGUGCCGCGCACACCCCGAGAUUUUCGAAGAGACCGAGAUUUGA